ACCAGGGGCAGGACUUCUUCCCCAGUCAGAGUAGAGGAAACCAAAGUACACGGGAAGCAGGUUGCAGCCACUGUGCACAGAUUUAAAGGCUAAACCACAGUUAUUUCCAGCCGUAGGAAAGUUUUGUGGAGGGGGGAAAAUGAUCGCGUGUGCGCUGGGGAUGUUGUCUCUGUCGCUCCUGGUGACGUUCGCCGCCUGCAACGCUCCUCCGGUCCCGUUAGACGACAUCCUCAUAGAGAAAACCUUCGUGCCGGAGCAAUGCGUGCGCGCAGUCAAAGUGGGGGACUUCGUCAGGUACCACUACAUUGGCACGUUUCCUGACGGGAAAAAGUUCGACUCGAGCUACGAUCGCGGCAGCACCUACAACGUGUUUGUGGGCAAAAAGCAGCUGAUCGAAGGCAUGGACAAGGCUCUGGUGGGCAUGUGUGUCAACGAGAGGAGCCUGGUCAAGAUCCCCCCUCACCUCGCCUAUGGAAAAAAAGGAUACACCGACAUCAUCCCUCCGGACUCCAUCCUCCACUUUGAUGUUCUGCUGCUGGACGUGUGGAACCCCGACGACGGCGUCCAGAUCAACACCUACUACACUCCUCCCACCUGCACCAGGAAGGUGGAGGUUUCUGACUUUGUGCGUUAUCACUACAACGGCACCCUGCUGGACGGGACACUCUUUGACUCCAGCCACACUCGCCUGCGCACCUACGACACGUAUGUUGGGAUCGGGUGGCUGAUCGCCGGCAUGGAUCAGGGGCUUCUGGGAAUGUGUGUCGGAGAGCGGCGCAUCAUCACGAUGCCUCCGUCACUUGGCUACGGAGAGAACGGAGACGGUAGCGACAUCCCGGGCCAGGCGUCUCUGGUGUUUGAUGUUGUUCUGUUGGACCUUCAUAACCCCAGAGAUGGAAUCACAGUCACUAAUCAAGUCGUUCCCGAGUCCUGCACGAGGAAGACGGUGGUGGGGGACUUUGUGCGAUAUCACUACAACGGCAGCCUCCUGGAUGGGACAUUUUUUGAUUCCAGUUACUCUCGUAAUCACACCUAUGACACGUAUGUGGGUCAAGGGUACGUGAUCGCCGGCAUGGACGAGGGGCUCCUUGGAGUUUGUAUCGGCGAGAGACGGACCGUCAUUAUCCCACCACACCUCGCCUAUGGAGAGGAGGGCACGGGCUCUAAGAUUCCCGGUUCAGCCGUGCUCGUAUUCGACAUUCACAUGAUAGACUUUCACAACCCGUCUGACAACACCGAGGUCACUGUCACCUACAAGCCAGAAGAGUGCGUUAAGCUAACCAAGAAGGGAGACUUCAUCAAAUAUCACUACAACGGCACCCUGCUGGACGGGACUCUCAUCGACUCCACGCACGGUUAUGGAAAGACAUAUAACGUUGUGCUGGGAGCCAACCAGGUGGUGCCGGGGAUGGAGGACGGUCUGAUGGACAUGUGUGUUGGAGAGAAAAGACGCCUCAUCAUUCCCCCUCACCUGGCUUAUGGAGAGCGAGGAGUCACCGACCAGGUUCCAGGGAGUGCAGUGAUGCUGUUUGAUGUUGAGUUGAUGGAGAUAGAGGACGGACUUCCUGAGGGCUACAUGUUUAUCUGGAACGAUGAGGUGCCUCCAGGUCUAUUUGCUGAGAUAGAUAAGAACAACAAUGGGGAACUGGAGCCCUCUGAGUUCACAGACUACAUCAUGCAGCAGGUGACCGACGGCAAAGGCCGCUUGGCUCCCGGCUUCGAUCCCUACCGUAUUAUCGAGAACAUGUUCUCCAAUCAAGACCGCAACGGAGAUGGAAAGGUCACGGAAGACGAGUUUAAACUCAAAGCAGACGAAGCGCCCCAUGAUGAGCUAUGAUGGGACUGAGUGGAGAGUAGAUCCAGUUGUUGGGUGAAGGGUCUGCAAGUUGGGAGGGGAUGGGAACUUUUAAGUCUGGGGGGGUUGUAGGGUAGCAUGGAGUAAAAAAAAAAAAACCUUGAGUAGGAGCUCUGUCUUCAGAGAUUUAGAUUUUUUUUUAUUUGAGGACUGACAUGAUGUUUAAACAAGAGGAUUUAGCUAUAUACAAGAUUAAGAACAAAUGUGUUGAAAAGUUUGAAUCAAGGGCUGAACGACUUUGUUACCUCCUUGUUUGUCAAUCUAUUUUUCUAUUUUAUUCCACAGGGUAUAAAAUCAUCCUGAUGCUUUAAUUCUCUUCGAACAUUCGACACUCCUUCAAUAUUUUUACACUUUGUUUUCGGUUGAGUGAAACUUUUAUUCUCCAGAAAUCUGUUGGCCAAGACUCUCCAUAAUAGGGUGAAAUAUGUUCUGUUCUGUGGUUUACAGCUAACAUUUUUAUCAUUUUCUGUUUGUGUUUUCUGCUGUCGAAAAUCCUCCACAUGAUAUUGGAAGGUCGGAUGUCCUUGUUAUUAGUUUGUUUUGGUCAAUGGUUGCUUCUGUUUUUCACCAAAUGUCAUUUUGAGUUUAGGUUUUAUCGUGUAAGUGUAUUUGUAUUUGUAUGUGUGUGUGUGUGUGUGUGCACGUGUGUGUGUGAGAAAAAUGUAUGUGGGGUGUCUGUGUUUGAAUAAGAAUAUGUCUUGAUGGCAACUGUGUCAGCUCUGUUGAAUAAACGAUCUGACAUUCAGUAGCUACAUGCUCA